GAAGCCACCUGGAUGGGCUCGGGAACCAGUGGGCAGAACCUCUGUCUGGGAUGCUUGUCCUUGGGGUGCAGUGCGUGCCUCCUCCCGAUGCCCCUUAGGGUCGCUUGGGAUGCACCCCUUCUAGUGGCAGAUCUCACAGUUUGGCAGGCCGUCUUGUUUUGGAGUGUGUUGCUUCCCUCUGUGUGUCUGGCCCUUUCUGGCUGAGCCGAGGUUGGAGCCCAGGCUAACCACUCACCCCAGCUGCCUUUGUAUGUGCUUGCUUUGUUUUGAGACUCAGUCUUGCGACGUAGCCCAGGCUGGCCGCUAACUCACCACAAUUCUCCUGCCUUGCGUUCCUGGGGCCUGGGAUGACAAGUGUAUGUCUCCAUGUCUGGCUUAGUUAUUUUAUCUUUGUGGCUAGUUCAUUCUGUGUAAGCUGCGGAAAAUGGUGUGCGUUGCAUUCUCUUAAAAUUCUCUUCAUAAUUGGCUGUGCUGACACAUGCCUUUAAUGCCACCACCUAGAAGACAGAAUCACGUGGGUCUCUGAGUUCAAGCCCAGCCUAGUCUAUGUAGCAAAUUCUAAGCUAACCAGGGUUACACAGUGAGACCCUUUAAAAUAAGGAAAUAGUAAGUUCUCCCCAUUUUCAACACCUGUAAUUCCAAACCUCAGGGAGCUGAGUCAGGAGUAUCAUGAGCUUGAGUCUGGCCUGAGCUACAUAAGUUUUGUUUCUUUUGAGACAGGAUUUCACUGUGUAGACCAGCCUGGCCGGAAUACACAGAGAUCUGCCUGCCUCUGCCUCCAAGUGCUGGAGUCAAAGGCAUGCCUUGCCCACACCUGGCUUUCUACACCAGUGAUAGGGAUUUGAUCACACACCUGCCAUACUCAGGGAGCCAUGUUCCAGUCCCAUGCUGGGCUGUUUCUGACCGUGCACCUGUGGGGUCUGAGCCUCGGCCUCUGCCCUGUCGCAUUCGGACUUGGCAUGCACUCCUGGGCAGGAUGCCCCAGCCCACAGGGAGCUGAGCUGCUCCCUCUGUAGGACUCCGGGCCAUGUACUGGCUGUGGUAGUGCUGGCUUGAGAUCCCAGCACUUGGAGGCUGAGGCAAGCGGAUCUUGAGUUCAAGUCCAGCCCAGGCUAUGUCAUUAGAUCCCAUCUCAACCAAUCAGACAAUAAUAGCAAAAGGUUUAUUUCAGCCAGUUGUUGGUGGCACACGCCUUUAAUCCCAGUGCGUGGGAGGCAGAAGCAUCUCAGUUCCAGGCCAGCCUGGUGUACAGAGUGAGUUCCAGGACAGCCAGGGCCACACAGAGAAACCCAGAGAAACAAAACAAAGAGAAACAAAACACAGAGAAACAAAACAGAAAGAUUCAUUUUAGUUGUGUGUGUGUGCACGUCUUCAUGCACCUGUUUUUGGCUGUGUUCAUGUGUGCACCUGUCUGCAGCGUGUAGGCCCCGGGUCCCUGGAGCUGGCUGUGAGCUGGGUUUCCUCCAGGCCCCAGCUCACCCCUUUAAUUGCGCUUAAGCAGGGCUCGCCGAGACAAGCCCACGGGCACACUGGGCCGCCAGCGUUACUCUCCAGCACUUGCCCUUCAGCUAGCCCUGACUCUGGAGGCCUCCCUUAGUCCCCGGCUCCCUCCACCUGUGUGUGUGGUGUGUGUGCGUGUGUGCCCUUGUUCCUGCUCGUGGCCGCGUGGCACCCCAGUGUGUGGAUGGGCCGCGUUGCGUGGCGACCCCGCUCGGUGCCUUGUGUCCCCACCCUUGGCUCCUGGGAACAUCUGAAUGUGCUUUGGCAUUCCUGUGGUACUUGUGUCUCUUCCACGGAGCUCCAGAGGCCAGAGUAGGCAGCAGAAGUGUCCAGGCAAAGCGCUGGCGACUAAACUGAAGGCAGCUGGGGUGUCUUCAGGAGGGUGGAGGUGCUGGUCAGCAGGAUGGCCUGCCCUCGCAUGUGUCACCCCGUUGUGAGUCACGGGAGGCCAUGUCAGGUGUGAUGAUCCGUGUCGGGCGGCCAUGGCUAUGCCAGUGCAGCGGUGUGCCUGGGUUUCUGGUUUUGGCAUUUGCGUGGUGAGUGGAGGCUUCCUUGCUGGGACGAGCUGCUUCCCACCCAGAAAGAAGAGGUUAUUCCUGGCUUAUUGCUGCGUGGGCCUGUGCUGUGCUGAGCAGUGAGGCUGCCCAGCCCCCACCUAGAGACUGGGUCGGGCUAGGAGCUGGAAGGCUGCAGGGCUGUGACUGACAUGUAUCUCUCCACCCUGGUCUGGGCAGCUACAGUCUUCCCAAGGUUCGUGCUGGCUGUGGGCAGCGCGGUCUUCGACGCCAUGUUCAAUGGCGGGAUGGCCACCACGUCCACCGAGAUCGAGCUGCCUGACGUGGAGCCCGCCGCCUUCCUGGCGCUGCUCAAGUUCCUGUACUCGGAUGAAGUGCAGAUCGGGCCCGAGACAGUGAUGACCACGCUGUACACAGCCAAGAAGUACGCUGUGCCCGCGCUGGAGGCCCACUGUGUGGAGUUCCUGAAGAAGCACCUGCGGGCCGACAACGCCUUCAUGCUGCUCACACAGGCGCGGCUCUUUGAUGAGCCACAGCUGGCCAGCCUGUGCCUGGAGAGCAUAGACAAGAACACAGCCGAUGCCAUCGCCGCCGAGGGCUUCACCGACAUUGACCUGGACACGCUGGUGGCGGUGCUGGAACGCGAUACCCUGGGCAUCCGUGAGGUUCGGCUGUUUAACGCGGUCGUGCGCUGGUCCGAGGCUGAGUGUCAACGGCAGCAGCUCCAGGUGACCCCUGAGAAUAAGAGGAAGGUGCUAGGCAAGGCCCUGGGCCUCAUUCGCUUCCCCCUGAUGACCAUCGAGGAGUUCGCCGCAGGCCCGGCACAGUCCGGCAUCCUGGUGGACCGAGAAGUGGUCAGCCUCUUCCUGCAUUUCACGGUCAACCCCAAGCCUCGCGUGGAGUUCAUCGACAGGCCGCGAUGCUGCCUGCGCGGCAAGGAGUGCAGCAUCAACCGCUUCCAGCAGGUGGAGAGCCGCUGGGGCUACAGCGGCACCAGCGACCGCAUCAGGUUCUCGGUCAACAAGCGUAUCUUCGUGGUGGGCUUUGGGCUCUAUGGAUCCAUCCACGGGCCCACUGACUACCAAGUGAAUAUCCAGAUCAUCCACACGGACAGCAACACGGUCCUCGGCCAGAACGACACAGGCUUCAGCUGUGAUGGCUCCGCCAGCACCUUCCGUGUGAUGUUCAAGGAGCCCGUGGAGGUCCUGCCCAACGUGAACUAUACCGCCUGCGCCACGCUCAAGGGCCCGGACUCCCACUAUGGCACCAAAGGCCUUCGCAAGGUGACCCACGAGUCACCCACCACGGGGGCUAAGACCUGCUUCACCUUCUGCUACGCGGCCGGGAACAACAACGGCACUUCCGUGGAGGACGGCCAGAUCCCGGAAGUCAUCUUCUACACCUAGCCAGUGUCCACCCAGGCCACCCAUCGCCAGCCGUCGGCCGGCCUCCUCCCUGCCACCUCCCCCAUCAUCACGGAAGGGGCGGCCUGUGUCCACAGUGACGAGUGUGACCGCCUGUCCCAAGUCCCUGGGGAGGUGGUCAGGCCAUGGGCCGGGCCCCGACGAGACAAUCCCUCAGUCUCGGGGGCAGAGUGGGCCUGGCCCCGGCCGGCCGGCUGUCAGGGCCAAGGGCGGCGGGUUGCGGUCGGGGUCCCCACUCUGGUCCCUGCAGCCCAGGGCAGCAGGCCAGCGAGCCGGGGUGUCGCGGCAGCGCCCAUCCGUUUAUUAAACUGCACACUGCAAUGCAUCCGAGCCCACACUCGGCUGGGGCCGCACUCGGCCUCCCCCCCAGCUGACGCUCUGGGUUUCAUGUUCCUUUCGUUCUCUGCUGCUCCCUGGGGAACCCAGGGCCUGACCUGCGUGCACUGAUGCCACCGGAAACCCUGGCCUGCUGGGCAUGCGCAUGUUGAGGGCACGUGGCCAUCCCCCGGAGCCUCCGCCAGGGCUGGUGGGCCGCCGUUCUGCCCCUCCCAACAGUGUCGGUGUGAGGCCAUUGUCCAUCCUUGUGGGCAGGCUCCGCCGUGCAGCUGGCAGAGCUCAGCCUUGAGCCCGCAGGGCCUGAGCAGGUGACUGGGCCCCCAGCUGGCCUGAUGUGCCACCCAGGGGUACCACGGGACACCCCUGUACAUACCACAGCCCUGGCCCUCAAGGCCACCAGGCACCCUGUCCAGUGAUGGCCUAGAAGGCGCAGUCCCUUUCGGGGUCCCCUUCCUUACGUCUCUGUACCAGUGACCUCCUGCCCAGAACCCAUGCCCUUCCCAAAGCCAUGGGAGGUGAGCCUCCACACUGUGUCCCCAAAUGUUUUUGUUUUUUUUAAAUAAAAGAAACAUCUGCCUUGAA